GCGCCCGGCGGAAUCCCGGCUGGAGCCCUGGGCGAUGGGAGAGGUCCCAGACCCCUCCCGGUACUGGGGCCAGCGGGAUUGGGUCGGCGGGGGGCCAGCCCGGAAGCCAGCUUCCUCUAGGCUCCCCCUCUCCGAGAAGCCAAUCCGCCUCGCAGCCUGGCAGCUUGAGCGUUUGUUCUGUGCUUCCCUGCCGAGAUGUGAGGGAUUUUCUCUUGGGAAGAAAUCAGUGGUCGAGUGCGUGCCCAGCUCAAAUGCCACUCAACCGAAAGCAAGGCCUGAGGCCUAGGGAUCCCGGAGGGAGAGCAACAUCACGCCUCCUGAGGACAACCAGGAGAACUCUGGCUUUUGUUGAGCUGUGUGUCUUACCUCCUUCCUUCCAAAGGCUUCAGACCCAGACUUUGCUCUUCUCAAGUCCAGAAUGCCCCUGGCCAGGCAUUAGUCUGUCCCUCCAGCCCUAUCCAGCCCUAGAGCACACCUCCAGGACCUGGAACCUGCCCUCCCGCUCAGGAUGACUCACCAUUAUUCCCAGCUCAAGUGAGAAGAUGUGACAGGGAGCUGAGCUGCCUAUCUGUGUAUCUAGGAUUCCUGUAGCAUCUCAUCUGUUCUUCAGGGAACCGCAGGCGCCUGCCUGGCCAGCCAAGCGAGGCUGCGUCUCCAGCUCUCAGAGGGCUCUGGGGCUCUCCUGCAGGAGCACAGCCUGAUGCUUCUGCGUUCCCUCGGGCCCAGUUACCAGCACCCUGAGCCCCCUGCUGCAAGAGGCAUAGAGUAAAGCACUCUCCUCAGCCCCAAUUAUGACAGUGGCUACCGGAGACCCGGUGGAUGAGGCUGCUGCCCUCCCUGGGCACCCGCAGGACACCUAUGACCCAGAGGCAGACCACGAAUGCUGUGAGAGAGUGGUGAUCAACAUCUCAGGCCUGAGGUUUGAGACUCAGCUAAAGACCUUAGCCCAGUUUCCAGAGACCCUCUUAGGGGACCCCAAGAAGCGGAUGAGGUACUUCGACCCCCUCCGAAAUGAGUACUUUUUUGAUCGCAACCGCCCUAGCUUUGAUGCCAUCUUGUACUACUACCAGUCUGGGGGCAGGUUGAGGCGACCUGUGAAUGUGCCCUUAGAUAUAUUCUCUGAAGAAAUCCGGUUUUAUGAGCUAGGAGAAGAAGCGAUGGAGAUGUUUCGGGAGGACGAAGGCUACAUCAAAGAAGAAGAACGUCCUCUGCCCGAAAAUGAGUUUCAGAGACAGGUGUGGCUUCUCUUUGAAUAUCCUGAGAGUUCAGGGCCUGCCAGGAUUAUAGCCAUUGUAUCCGUCAUGGUCAUUCUGAUCUCAAUCGUCAGCUUCUGUCUGGAAACCUUGCCCAUCUUCCGGGAUGAGAAUGAGGACAUGCAUGGUGGUGGGGUGACCUUCCACACCUACUCCAACAGCACCAUCGGGUACCAGCAGUCCACCUCCUUCACCGACCCUUUCUUCAUCGUAGAGACUCUCUGCAUCAUCUGGUUCUCCUUUGAGUUUCUGGUGAGAUUCUUUGCCUGCCCCAGCAAAGCUGGCUUCUUCACCAACAUCAUGAACAUCAUUGACAUUGUGGCUAUCAUACCUUACUUUAUCACCCUGGGGACAGAGUUAGCUGAGAAGCCGGAGGACGCCCAGCAAGGCCAGCAGGCCAUGUCACUGGCCAUUCUCCGUGUCAUCCGGUUGGUAAGAGUCUUUAGGAUUUUCAAGUUGUCCAGACACUCCAAAGGUCUGCAGAUUCUAGGUCAAACCCUCAAAGCCAGCAUGAGGGAACUGGGCCUUCUGAUAUUCUUCCUCUUCAUUGGGGUCAUCCUCUUCUCGAGUGCUGUCUAUUUUGCAGAAGCUGAUGAGCGAGAGUCCCAAUUUCCCAGCAUCCCGGAUGCUUUCUGGUGGGCAGUCGUCUCCAUGACAACUGUAGGCUAUGGAGACAUGGUUCCAACUACCAUUGGGGGAAAGAUAGUGGGUUCCCUGUGUGCAAUUGCAGGUGUGUUAACCAUUGCCUUACCAGUCCCUGUCAUAGUGUCUAAUUUCAACUACUUCUACCACCGGGAGACAGAGGGAGAGGAGCAGGCCCAGUACUUGCAAGUGACAAGCUGUCCAAAGAUCCCGUCCUCCCCUGACCUAAAGAAAAGUAGAAGUGCCUCUACCAUAAGUAAGUCAGAUUACAUGGAGAUACAGGAGGGAGUGAACAACAGUAAUGAGGACUUUAGAGAGGAGAACUUAAAAACAGCCAACUGUACAUUGGCUAACACAAACUAUGUGAAUAUUACCAAAAUGUUAACUGAUGUCUGACGAAGCCUAUUAAUGUACUCACAGCUCCACAGGACUAAUGCAGAUGUUGCAUAAGAGCCUGCAUUGUAGUCAGUGUCCUACAGUGUGCAUCUGGUUCUGCAUGGAAAGCAAUAGUCGUGCAAGUGACUUUUGACCUUUUGAUUUUUGAUUUAGAACACAGAAUAUUUAUCAAUGGCUUUUAUGAAAUCUUCAUCACUGACUUACAGGUUUCCAAAGAUGGGAGUCACCUAUGGAGCCGGCAUCUCAUUGGCACAGUGCCGCCACCUCAUAGCCCGCACACAAUCCAUCGUAUCAACGCCAUCCUAACACCCUAACUAAAGGCAAACACACCUGGCAGGUGCCUCCUCCCUGCCACACCCUACCACCCCACUUCAGCCCACCCACCCCUGCACAGAGGAGCACUACCAUGGCUUAGUUUGAAAGUUCUGGUGACUACUCCAAAGGUCGUUCCCAUUUUUGCCUUGAAAAGAACACACGGUCCUGUGUGUUGGAAUUACUUUCUGUGUCACAGGCUGGGGUUUGUAGAUUGCAGUUGCCAACUAGAUGCUCCGGAGUCUUAUGUUUCGUAAUGGACAUGCAGCAUUCUGCUUUUUCUCUGCAGUGUUGACGUGGGGGAAGCCCAGGGGGUGGGGGAGGGACAAUUAACAUGACCAAAUAUGAGUUGUCAAGUUUUAUAUUUGUUCCCUUAGGCCUAUGGGGAGAAGCUACCGAAUUCAGGGACUUCUCAACUUCAGAUACUGUUUUCGCAAGCUUCAGGGUCACAGAACAUGUUCAAUUUCUUCUCUUACUCUGGCGUUUACAGACAUCUGCUUUCCCGAUGGUGUGGGCCUGCUCCACUACAGUGCAGUGGAGUAGACCAGUCAUGCAAUAGAGCUGCAUGGGUGUUCACUGCAUGAAUCUCAAUAUUUAAAACACAGAGGAUAACUUAUCUUCCUAGUAGCCUAUACAGUAUUCAUACGUAGAGUAUUAAUAGCCUUGGGAUGGUACUGAACUAGGCUUUUUUUCCCCAUCAGAAGGCAAAAGCCCUCCAUCAGGGAAAAGCAAAUAGACUAUUUGGAAUGGGGAACCAAAACUUCUGGCUGGCCCCCCAGCCCAUCCACCUCUGUUCUUUCAAUGGGAGCAAAGACUCUGCCACACCAGGAGAAUGAACAGAAAAGUCAGAGUCUAAGCACUCACGUGACUGAACAGUGGGAAUUAAUCCAGUCAUGGGUAUGGCUACAAUCCUUACCAGGACAUUGCUCCUGAGGACAGGCAGAUCUGUGGGUUCAGUGUACAUAAAUAUAUAUCAGCUAUCUAUCUUUCUCCCUCAUGUGUUCCUCUAGUAAGCUAUAGAAAAAUUGCAUUUGAACAUUGUAUAAGCUUAUGCAAUAUUUUGACACAGGGCAAUUUAUGCAUGUGUUUGACUAUGUGCACUAGAAUAUAUAUAUAUACAUACACAAGUGUGUGUAUAUGUACAUUAUACACACACACAUACACAUAUAUAUAUAUAUAUAUUCAUUCUCUGGAGUGCAGAUUCAGGAGCAAAUCCAUUGCUUGGUGGGUUGGUUGUAUAAGAAGCCCAAUGGGUAUGUUAAAACCCACUGAACCUGGGUUUGCUGUCAUUGCCUCAGACACACUCCAGUGUUCAUGGAUUCCUAGACAUUAGAAUUGUCUUUCUGCCCUCCAUGUGCUGCAGCUUCAGUUUCCCAUGGCUGAAGCUUGUCUUACUGAGUGCAGUGCACAAGGGUCCUAGAGCCCUCACAGCUCCAGCUAUCCUGGGUCAAGCCCACCCCAGGCCUCUCUACAACUCAUCCCAUUAACCAUUUCCACUAUUAUCCUCUCUCCCAUUUGAUUCUCUCUCAUUUGCCUCUGCAUCCAUCAUUUUCAUGAACCUGUCCCUAGGAUGGAUCCUCUGCUUUGGUCCUUGGGACCAGAUUCUGCUGAUCUAGACGUAAAGGAAGCCUCCUAUUGGUGGAAAUUUCCAGAUUCUGGAGCCAAGGGAUGGAUUCCCUACACAGCCCAAAGCAUCCUUUUCAUUACUUAACUCAAACUCUCUCCCUAGCACACUGGUAAUAAGAGCUGCCCUUUAAAAAAUGAGAGUUGUCCCGCCUCAAAGAGAUGUGCUAGAUUUUAUUGACUCCCCAUGGGAAGCCUUACCCUCUCUGAGGAAUGGAUGGGGGUGAAGGGGGAAGAUGAAGGGAGCAGGAGAAAGGAAGAAAGUAGGAGCUGAGAUUGGUACAUAAAAUUUCAAUUAAAUAAUAAUAAUAAAGGAAUUACCCCCACCCCAAGAACAGGUAAAGAAUAAAUGAACGCUGUAGAGCCUCAAUGUAGAGAAUGUAUUGGCCUUAGGAAGUGGGGGACAGCUUGUGCCUCUUCAUGCUAGGUUUCUUUGCCUUUUGACACAGUGGCUUAAAUUCCCCAAACACAGUGAAUCAUAAUCAGACUGUUCAGUAUUGAUUCCAGCCCAGGCAUCACUGUUCACUAGUUGGUACCUACAGUUGUCUUAGGGGUGCUAGUCCAGGGUGCUCAUUAGUCCUGGUCACCCACAUCCCCAGAGUAUCCCAUGCCAGACACAAAGCCUCUGUGCUUUUUUUCUCCUUUGUGGGAGGUGGUGCUUCAUAACGUGGGGUGGGAGGGACAUACUGGAGGGUAGAAAGUUAAAGAAACCCAUACAAAAGUCUAGGUAGGGGAAAGUUACCUAUUCACAAAAUCCUUGGCCUGGGAACCAUAAAAUGUGCGCACAUGUGCAUCAUAAAAUAAAUGAUACAUCAUUGUCACACAAAAAUAUAAAAUAUGCAACAUAUAUGCAAAAUACCCAUAGGCCAAAAUAAUAUAAACAGUAUACAAAUAAGAGAUAUACAAAACAAACACGUCGCCCAAAUAUAGAAUGUGCAUACCAACACAGAAUAUCUGCAAGAGAGAUAUUUAACCUGUGUGCAAACACACAGCAUACAACUCAUAUGCAAAAUAUACAAAUCCAACUGGGGGACAAUGGAUAUACAUCAAAAUGCAUAAAUGAUGCUUUGUCAUUGUUUCUGCAUACGAGCUCAGCAUGUAUACAUAGUGCACAGAGUUAUACGAGAUACACACAAAAAGCAGUACCCAUGCCCAACAAUACACACAAAAUUUAGACAUUGAAUCACUAAUCAUGCAUACACUUCCACAUCUAAAAUUUGAUGGACAAAGGCAAGGGAUCAGAUUUAAUUGCUUUUCCUUGCCUAUAUCAAUAACCCUCAACAUUCUCCAAGGAGUCUCUUCUUUGACAUCCAGCCUCCUUCCUGAGACAGGAUUCCUGAGGUUUCAAGCAGAAAGAUGGGCCACUACAUCAAGCACUGAAAUCUCCUGGGUUUGCUACCAUUCACCUUCUUUCAAACAGCACUCAGAGUGCAGGGUGUGCGAAAUGACCUGCAAGAACUUAGCAACCUAAUAUGGGCUUCCAUGAUGUACCUUUUCUUUCAGAGAAAAUCCACACAGAUGACUCAGUCUCCCCUCCAAGUAUCCACAAUCUCCAGGUUUAUCCCUAUUCUCUUGAAGCAGUGAUGGCUCAAGAAACUAUAGGGUUCUGGACCCUAAGCCAGGUUGAAAUACCCCAACAUUCUUUGAGCCAAAAGAUCUUAUUACCCAGCCUUCCAAAGUACCUCUUUGUCUGGAGCCAUGUCAGAAACUUGAUUCCCUAUAUAGACUUAGCUCCUAAAAUGAGACUCCUUUUCUUGCUCAUGGCAUUUCACUCACCCUUGGGCACAAAUUUAAUAAGUCAACUCUUGAUCACCAUCUCUGAGUGUUCAGUCUAGGCAUGCUUCCCCACCAGGGCUCCCAGGGAAGCCUGACCUCCCAUUCAAUUGUGGUGCCUUGACAAACCUGCAGACCAAUUUAGCUGAAGUAAAAUGUGACGAAGGACGCUAAAUCAUGGCUAAAAGAGCGUUAGCAAUCUUUUGAGGACCUGAUUUCUAUCCUCUAUUCUAACACUAGAUUUAAACACUUUGUAAGAUUACCCACCAUCAUAGAGCCCCAGGUACUACUGUUCUUUCUGCUCGUAGGACCAGGUAGGGCCUGAGUACUUUUUGGCAAAGGUUUUAUGUAGCCUUGGAUCAACUUCUACGGUUCCAGGUUUAUUAGCACUCCCUUCAAGGUUCCAGAGAGGAGACAACAAGAGCAGAAAAUGAGCAUGUGGUCCAAAACUUGUACACUGGAACUUGUGUUUCCAAAGCGAGAUACCAAUUUCCACCCUAACUUUGUGAGAUGCUCUGUGGCCUUGGACAUUUUAAAAGUUGGAGUUUCUGGGAGGUUGGGAAGGAAGGAGUCAAGGAAAGGCAGAGAAAUUGUCAGGAAAGAGAAAAUAACUGAGCAGUUGACUUUCUAAGUAAGUUUAUCAAGAACCAAGUUUUCAUUGGUUAAAUAAAUUUAAUUUUAUUUAGUUAAGACUCUAUGCCUUUCUGGAACUUCAGUGGUGUAUGAUUGUCAAGUCUUGGUGAGAAAAGAUGGCUCUUCUAAGGAUCCUCCGCCUGGGAGCUCAGUGCCAGUCACAGACAUGGAAAGGAGGUGGAAACUGAUCUUCCCCAGAGAAAGCUAGAGGAAGUACAAGGGCAUGUGAAGGUCAUAAAGAGUGCACAGUGCUCUGACCUGCUAACCUAGGAAGGAGGAGGACCCCAGAGCUCUCCUGUGGCCCCCUAUUCCCCUGCCGUAACAAUCUGAGUGUGGCGGAUGGGAUGGCUACCUGGCCUGAAAGGGGUCUGAUGUCUAGGCUACUAUUUCUGGCUACACAAUAGAAGUCCCUUUUACCUUGAUAAAGUUUCCAUUGUUCAGGUUCAAAUUCAUGACCUUAGUUCACCAACAUCCCUGGCCACUCGAGUCAACCAGCAGGAGAUACAUGCUGGAAGCUGUCUUCAUAGUUAGUGUGACUGUCAUCUGUACCCUCAGUCUUGGCCCUUGUUGAGACCCCCCCCCAACCUCCAUGGAGCAGAAAGCAGGGAAGGACAGGAGGGGUAAGAGAAUCCAUUACAAGCACCUCAACUAACCUAGUCCACUUUGCCUCUCUUUCUGUCCCCCUUCCCCCGGAACUCAGCUCCAUCCCUCAUAGUUUGUGUCUAAUGUUUUUAAAGAGGAAAUGUGCAAUAAAAGCAAUAGUGACUGUUUCCUUUAGCAAUAGCUCUUUCAAAAUCUUGCUCUCAGGACUGAAAAGUGAUAGAUAGUACAUAGACCACCAGAUAACGCCCUUGACCUCUGGACAUUUGUUCCCAGUUUCUGUAGUUCUUCCCACUUCAUCCCAUGAAUGAUUCCUGUCUGCUGAGGUCUGACCUCCUUCUGCAGUGAACGAGUACACAGAGAUGCAGUGUUCCCCCAAGGAAGGCCUGUGAGAAGGCCUUCUUUUGUCGUCUUUCGGGCUCUUUUCUGUGUGCAUCUCUCUCGAUAUGUGUCUCUGUGCCCCUCUUCCACUGCCUCUCCUUCCUACCUGUUCUUUCACAGCACCCUAGAGACAUCUAGGCACCGAAACCUUUGCGUUUGAGUGACCUCAUGCCAGCCCAUCUUGUUGACUUUGUGUUGUCUGUCAGGUAUAAUGGAAGCCUAUAAGAGAGCGCUUACUGAUAGAUAAGAAUAAAGCAUCCUGAGCCAUUAUAGAAGAUCCUUUCCGUGCAGAAAAAGCCAUUACUUGAUUCUUUUGCAGCCUCUCCAGGGAGAUGAAUAUGAAAUGUAGCCCUGAGGUGUACACCUGGGAUCAGUUACUUGGGCAGAUUUGGGGAUUGCCCUCUGACUCUCCUUCACAAUAGACUGACUUGCUCAACCGUAUAGACUUUAUCAGCGCUUCAGAGCAAAGUGAGUCUUAUGGCUUUGAAGGGAGGUGGACAGGCACAGAGGUGUGGGUGGUCAGGGAGUAGCAUUAGUGAAAUAAACCCCACUUGCCACUACAGGGUGCAACUGUGCAAAUAUUUCACACAUCACCCAGGGCUUUGAAAGGGAUCCCUUUCUUGAAACAUCUGUGAGGCGAGCUAUUACCAUUCAGACUGGACUCAGGGAAGGCUGGCGACCCCGGGAGCCCUUUCCAUUCCUUCUCAGUUUACUUUGCUCCACACAUCCUUGUAUAGCCUGACCUUGGGGAAUCUCAGGGAGGAGAGUGUCCUAAAUGCUUUGCAAUCUGGUUAUUUGAGGGGAGAUGGGAAAAUGUGUGGUUCGGCUUUUGUGAUUGGAAAGUGGUAUUUCCAAAAUAGGUUAGGGUAAACUCUUGCCUUAGUUAAGUAGAGCGUUUUGAGAAGACAGAAGACCUUGCAUGGCUCAGCGUCAACCUUCUAAACCUCAGUGCUUGGUGUAUGAAAACGAAGGUGAAGCAGACCAAAGAAACAGGCUAAAUAAUGCUGGCUGCAAAAUAGAUGUGGGCACAUUAUAGCUUAUCAGAUGCGCUGUUUGCCUCUUCCUAAAAGUAUAGAAAGACAACAUAAUUCCUGUCAAUAAAGAGUUUAGUUAAUUGGUCCUGAGUUAUUAAGAGGUUUCCCAUAUAUACAUAUACCUGUGUGUAUAUAUGUAUAGUGUAUGUAUAUAUGUAUGCCAUUUAUUUCAGAAAAUUACACAAAUAGAUGUUGACCAAUCUCAGUUUCACUAGUGUGGAAUAAAUUUGGCAUUCUAAGGAAUAAGCUGCGUUUACUUGAAUUUUAAUGUGACCUUUUUUUUGCAUUCUUUCCGCCUCUCCAGCUCUGUGCUUUUUGUGCUUAAGAAACUAUCUAGAAGGCAUUUCUUCAAACAAAAGGACAGGCUCAGGGUUGCCUCUUUCCCUUCCCUGCCAGGUGGCUGCCUGACUCAAGGAUCAAAGGGAAGUGUGAUCCCAGGACCAGGUGCUUUCUUUUCCUUUUUUCUGCCUGCCUUGUUUGGCUGUAACCUCAUCCCUCAAGACCAGAAAAGUUAUGCCCAACUUUGUAGCUCUAGGGGAGUGGAAUAUUCUGAGACUUGGCACAGGGCUGGUCUCUAGUUUUCUCUCGGUCGGUGUUAGAGUCCUAGGCUUGGAUUUCUUGAGUUCUGACUUAACGUCAGUGAAGAAUGAAAAAUAUGGGCUUUGUGGUCGUUGGUGAAACGAACCCGGUAUGCAGUUGAGUCCGCUUAGUGUAAACAGAGGGCCAGGCCUAGAGCAACUAAGACCCACUUGUCUUCUUGGGGGAUGAGCUGUAUACACCAUUCAAGAAACUUCUGGGUAGAAGCCUAAACAUGCCCUCCUUGCUAUCCUGUCUGGCAAUGUUAAACUCCCAGGGAAACACUUUUCUCAGCCUCAUCUCUGCAUUAAACUGAGUGCACUCUACUUGGAGGUGGGUGGGAGGGAUUCCUCACUAGUAUCUGAAGGUGAUACAGGGGUGGCUGUCAUCUGCCCGCCUUCCCAGAAGCUCGGCAGUCUGGUCAAGUGAGCCAUCAUCCAGGAGUGGAAGCCUUUAGCCUUGACUUAGCAUGACCAACUGGAGAGUGCUGCCAUUGCCCUGUCUAAAUGGUCCCCUCCCCUCCGGCUAAGAAGUCCUUGCAUCAUUCCACUGACGGAUGCCUAGUGCAGGUGUGAUUACAUAAUACUGUGAACAGCUGCUGCAUCGGCUCCAUAAUGAAGGGGAGUAGAGAAACGGCUGGGUCAUGGAACCUUAGGUAGCUACCCAGAGGACUCCACGCUGUGUCUCUGGGUCCUUGUGAGAGGCCUCCGAGCCCUGCUUCUCCUUGAAAACGACUCCCUAGACACUGCUGCCUUGCUUGUCUGACUGCGUAAACACUUGGAACUGCAGAGAAAGCAAAGGAGGAGCUUAGGGAAGAGACUGUUCAGGGGCAUGCUUCGCUAGCAGACAGUUUCCAUAUUAGCUGCUAGCGUGACUGGCUUCUGAACUUACGAAGCGAAGGGCAGACACUUUGGCCUGCCAGGCGAGGCUAGAAGGGAGCACACGAGUUCGCAGCUAUUCACUGGAUAGGGAAGCAAGAAGCAAGGUCUGGGUGGCUUUGGCAAGGGUGAGUCUCAGCUCCUGAGAGUUUGAACAUGCUCCGUGCUUGCCCCAGUUCUGCCUUCACGUGGGAGCCAGCGACCCAGUUUCUUUUUGUUGUCGUGCUUGGAUGGUUCCUUCAUUUGAAGGGCUCCAGGAAGCUGGAAAGUCCCAUGACUGAUCUCCAGCCCUGCUGGGCAAACAAUGCCCCAGCCAAAUUGGCCUCUUCCUGGGUUUCUGCAUCCAUGAACCCCUCUCUCCCACUGAGGGUGAUCUUGGAACAGCCAGGGUUAAUGGUGCCAGCAAGCAAGAAGGAUUCUCUUGUUUCCAUUACAGACAGAGCUGUAAAGCUCUUAAGUGGGGGGUUGUUGCGUGCUUAUGGGCUUAUUAUAUAGGCUGUCUCUGGAGAACAUAUCUAUAUAUAAUAUAUUAUAUAUAUUAUAUACGUGUGUGUAUAAAUAUAUGUGUGUAUAUUUAUACACACAGUGUGGAAAUAGGCUCAUGCAGCGUAGACUAAUUAGGGUUUCCACUGGCUUCUUUGCUGCUCAUGCAUGACUCUGCAGCUGCUCUCCCAUGUCCUGUCUCUAAAAAAAAAAAAAAAAUCACCAAAAACUCAAAGAGGAGAGGAAGAUAAAUAAGCCUCUCUGGGAUCAAUAGGAAAAGGAACUCCAAGGCUGAUGGCAAAGCUUCCUAAGGAUGAUGCUGAAAGGGAACUUGGGUCUCCAUGGUGAUAAGAGACAGAGAACCAAUGAGAGCUGAAGGCGGAGCAGGACUUGUGAGGAGGACUCAUGGGAGUUGGAAGUCAUUUAACUAUUUGUUUGCUUCAUGAAAAUUUAGACACCAGCUGUAACUGCAUUGCACAGGAUGUAUAGAUGUUAGCUUUCUUGCUGACAUAGUCUGGAAGCUUUCAGUCCCACCAACACUGCCCCCACCCAGGACUUCUGCAGCUGAGAGUCCCUGUGUCAGUAGGGUCUGAUGUAUGUACAUAGAUUAUACAUAUAUGUGUACAUAUGUGCCUCAAUGAACAUUGCCUGUUCACCUUAUCAUGGGUGUACAUAGACUUCAUAGAGCUCCACAGUCUUUUGUAAAUAUCGACACAAGUAAAUAAGUAUAUAAAUAUAUAUUACUGAGGAUUUAUUUUACCAUCAUUCUGUGUGAAAUGACAAAAAUAAAAUUUUUGACAGACACCAA